AAGGUAUUCUGUGAUGCAGUUAUUUACUUUGAAUAUAACUCUGUUGCAUAUAUUAAUUACAGUACUGAGAUAGCUGCAAGUUAAAAUGUUGCUCCGAUAGUCGUCUUAACGUGGGAAAUCUCUUAGUGCCCGCACGAUAUUGUGAGCAAAUAUGAUGUCCUCAUCUUCAAAAAUGAUAGAAAAGUUGAAGCAAGGUAUUCAAGGCCUGGAAAAAGUCUCCGAAGUAAAAAAAGAGGGAACCCACGAAAUUUUGCCAUACUUGAUGCAUGACCUCACACCAGCUCUGAUAGAAGAAGCUAGGACCAAACUCAAAGAAACAGAUGAAAUAAGACCAAAAGCACUAGAAGAAUUACGAGAGCUGUUGAAAAAUGAAAAGAACUUGAUUACACCGGUAGAUGAUCUGUUUCUUCUGUCAUUUCUUCGUGCUCGAAAGUUUAACGUGAAAAAAGCUUUCAAACUGAUACAAAAUUACUGGUCUUUUCGGAACGAGUACAGCCAUAUCUACGAUACAGUAGAAACGCAACCGGUACUGGAUAUGCUAUACCGGAAUUGUUUAGGUUUCCUUCCUUACAGAGAUAGGCAAGGUUGCGUCGUAGUGAUCUGCAAAAUAGGCAUGUGGGAUCCUAGUGUGGACACUUACGAAGUGUUAUUUCGUGCAGCGACUGCAAUUCUAAUCCAUUCCAUGCAGCUUCCCGCAACGCAAGUUGCUGGGUAUCGUGUGAUUUUUGAUACCAGAGGUUUAUCAUGGAAGCAGCUAAAAAUGUGUACGCCUUCUAACAUAAUACUCUUAAUACGUUCUACCCAAGUAAGUAGAAUCAGUUUUAUAUUAGUUUAG